GUCCCAACAGAUCGAUUUUUUGCAACUGCUGCAGCACGGAAUGCGUAAAAAGUGAUUAUUUUACUACAGCGCUUCGAAACAUCUAUUAUCUUGGCUCAGUGGUACUUGUUCUCUCGACCUUUUUCUUAUCUAUUGAAAGAGUGAUCGCAGCACUACUUUAUCGAUCAUACGAGCAUAAUACGCGGCGAUGGAUCGGCAUUUUGUUGAUUUUUUUGCAGGUUAUCAAAUUUUUAUUUAGUUGGCUUCUUGUAGCGCCGUUUUUGUACUAUCAGCAGCUGCAGCGGGAGCAACAGCAUGGUUCUAUUGCUUAUCCUUAUUGCUCUUAUUGGUUAUUCAAUGCAAAGACCACAAUGAGCAUUUAUUUCGCGCUUAUCGUAUUUCAGUCUUGCUCAUUUACUGUUAUCAUUGUAUUAUGGACACACAACAAUAAAAAAGUUGUAAGAUUAAAUUCAUAUUUUGUCCGUAUAUGGGAAAUAGCCAAGAAAUUUUUCGCUAAGAAUUUCUUCAAAUGAAU